UGAACACUGAAUUCAAUACGAAAUCUGACGAAAUCGAUACAGAAGGACGUCUGAUUUUGGCUGAAUAUGAGAAAUUCUAUCUGAUAAAUGCGUAUGUGCCGAACAGUGGAAGAGGUUUAGUGAAUUUAGCGAAACGCAAAGUAUGGGACAAAUUCUUUUUGGAUUAUAUCAGAGAGUUGGAUGCAGUGAAACCGAUCAUUUAUACGGGUGAUCUGAAUGUUGCGCACCAAGAAAUUGAUCUCGCAAAUCCAAAAACGAAUCGCAAUAAGACAGCUGGUUUUACGGAUCAGGAACGUGGUGAUUUCACACGAUUGCUUGAUGCUGGUAUGAUUGAUUCCCAUUGA